GGAGAAAGUUGAGGGGAGAGAGUGUGGGAGAGCGCCGAAGCCCGAAAGGUGGAGCGGUGGGAUGAGGCGGAGAUGGAGCACAGGAUAAAGGGCAGUUUGGGCCAGAAAAGGUCAAGCGAGGCAGAACCAGGGAGGUUCGAUUAGAGCGGCCGCCUGUUUGUUGUUAGCUGCGUGUGUGAAAUGUGCGCGUCCAGAUACAGGCAGCAUUCCUCCAGAGAUAAAACCCCUGGGCCCCCGUCCCCUCAACCCCCACCCUGCUUCAGUCUCUCCACCCACCGUGCUUACUCAAGUGUGUGUGUGUGUGUGUUUACGUUGGGCUGGGGUCUGCGUUGCCCCGUAGCGCAGCACUCGCAGGGGGCAACCGAAAAGACAGCUGUGGGUUCGAGGGACCCAGAAAGCGUUAAGAAAGAGAGCGUGGAGGGCCGACAGGCAUGCCAGUCAAGACCUUCACUUGUGGAUUCAGAUUGCCUGAUGUCAGCCAGGAUUAGCUGUGGCUGAUGCUGGCAACAGUUUCCUGCGGGCGGCCCGAUCUGGCAACCUGGACAAGGCCCUAGAGCACAUUAAAAAUGGCAUCGACAUAAACACAGCCAACCAGAAUGGGCUCAACGGGCUGCACCUGGCCUCCAAAGAGGGCCACGUCAAAAUGGUGCUCGAGCUGCUCCACAAUGGAAUCGUACUGGAGACCACCACCAAGAAGGGGAACACGGCCUUGCACAUCGCAGCUCUUGCGGGGCAGGAGCAGGUGGUCACAGAGCUGGUUAACUAUGGGGCCAAUGUCAAUGCUCAGUCCCAGAAGGGUUUCACUCCACUCUACAUGGCUGCACAAGAAAACCAUCUAGAGGUUGUGAAGUUUCUUCUGGAGAACGGAGCCAAUCAGAGCAUUCCAACCGAGGACGGGUUCACGCCUCUCGCCGUGGCCCUUCAGCAGGGACACGAGAACGUGGUAGCCCUGCUCAUCAACUAUGGCACCAAGGGAAAGGUCCGCCUCCCCGCCCUCCACAUCGCCGCGCGCAACGACGACACGCGCACGGCCGCCGUGCUUCUCCAGAACGACCCCAACCCCGACGUCCUCAGCAAGACUGGAUUCACACCCCUCCACAUCGCUGCACACUAUGAAAACUUGAAUGUAGCUCAACUUCUGCUCAACAGAGGAGCCAAUGUCAACUUCACUCCAAAGAACGGCAUUACUCCUCUGCACAUAGCAUCCAGACGGGGGAACGUGAUCAUGGUCCGGCUGCUGCUGGACAGAGGGGCACAGAUUGAUGCCAAGACUAAGGAUGAGCUGACCCCUCUGCACUGUGCAGCCAGAAAUGGUCACGUGAGAAUUAUUGAGAUCCUGCUGGACCAUGGAGCCCCCAUCCAGGCCAAGACUAAGAACGGCCUGUCUCCCAUCCACAUGGCGGCACAGGGGGACCACGUUGACUGUGUCAAGCAGCUUCUGCAGUACAACGCAGAGAUCGAUGACAUCACGCUGGACCACCUCACCCCUCUGCACGUGGCUGCACACUGUGGCCACCACCGCAUGGCCAAAGUGCUGCUGGACAAAGGGGCCAAACCGAACUCUCGGGCACUGAACGGCUUCACCCCUUUGCAUAUUGCUUGUAAAAAGAACCACAUGCGCGUGAUGGACCUGCUCCUCAAGCAUGCAGCGUCAUUAGAGGCUGUGACUGAGUCUGGCCUGACCCCCCUCCACGUGGCGUCGUUUAUGGGCCACCUCAACAUUGUGAAGAUCCUGCUGCAGAAGGGCGCUUCCCCCAGUGCCUCCAACGUGAAAGUGGAGACUCCUCUGCAUAUGGCGUCUCGUGCAGGACACCACGAGGUGGCAGAGUUCCUGUUGCAGAACGCAGCUCCGGUGGACGCCAAGGCCAAGGAUGACCAAACACCCCUGCAUUGUGCUGCUCGAAUGGGCCACAAGGAGAUUGUGAAGCUGCUGCUGGAGCACAAAGCGAACCCCAACUCCACGACCACGGCCGGACACACGCCUCUACACAUCGCGGCCCGGGAAGGACACGUACAAACCAUACGCAUCCUACUGGACAUGGAGGCUCACCAGACCAAGAUGACCAAGAAAGGCUUCACUCCACUGCACGUGGCCUCAAAGUAUGGCAAAGUGGACGUAGCAGAGUUGUUGUUGGAGCGAGGGGCCAAUUCUAACGCAGCAGGAAAGAAUGGCCUGACUCCGCUGCACGUUGCCGUUCAUCACAACAACCUGGAUGUUGUAAACCUGCUUGUGAGCAAAGGGGGGUCUCCUCACAGCGCAGCCAGGAACGGAUACACCGCGCUCCACAUAGCGUCCAAGCAGAACCAGGUGGAGGUGGCCAACAGCCUGCUGCAGUACGGAGCUUCGGCCAACGCCGAGUCACUGCAGGGGGUCACGCCUCUGCACCUGGCCUCGCAGGAAGGAAGGCCUGACAUGGUCUCCCUGCUCAUCUCCAAACAGGCCAACGUCAACCUGGGAAACAAGAGUGGGUUGACGCCCCUACACCUGGUGGCACAAGAAGGGCACGUUGGCAUUGCUGAUAUCUUGAUGAAGCAGGGAGCCUCCGUCUAUGCUGCCACACGAAUGGGUUACACCCCCCUCCAUGUAGCGUGUCACUAUGGCAACAUCAAGAUGGUGAAAUUCCUUCUGCAGCAACAGGCCAAUGUCAACAGCAAAGCGAGACUCGGGUACACUCCUCUGCACCAGGCGGCCCAACAGGGGCACACGGACAUUGUGACGCUGUUGCUCAAACACGGAGCCCAGCCCAACGAGACCACCACACACGGCACGUCGGCCCUGGCCAUCGCUAAGAGGCUGGGCUACAUCUCUGUGAUUGACGUCCUUAAGCUUGUCACGGACGAGACCGUCUCAAUGGCGACCACAGAGAAACAUCGCAUGAGUUUCCCGGAGACGGUGGACGAGAUCCUAGACGUCUCUGAGGAUGAAGGAAUUGCUCAUCUAACAUUAGGAGAGGAGUUCUUGGGGACUGAAGGGGCCAGGUACAUGAAGAUGGAUGACUUGAAAGACCAUGAUGACGAUUUCCUCUCCCCCAAGAAAUCACUGGAGUACGAGAGAGGGCUGGGAACAGCAAAUUACUCACCAGCCAUUCCCAGGAUCCCCAGAGUCUCCCCAGAGACUGUGAUGCUGAAGGAGCACGAGAUGGACCAGCAACACACUCCACUUCCACUGCCCAAAGAAUACGACGAGGACUCUCUGAUUCCAAGCAGCCCCGCGACUGAGACGUCGGACAACGUCAGCCCGGUGGCCAGUCCCAUACACACGGGGUUUCUAGUCAGCUUCAUGGUGGAUGCUCGAGGGGGCUCAAUGCGGGGCAGCAGACAUAACGGCCUACGGGUCAUCAUACCACCCCGAACCUGUGCGGCCCCAACCCGCAUCACCUGUCGCCUGGUGAAGCCACAGAAGCUGACCACCCCCCCUCCGCUGGUGGAGGGAGAAGGCCUGGCCAGCAGGAUCAUCUCCCUGGGUCCGGCCGGCAUGCAGUUCCUCGGGUCAGUAAGCGAACUGUGUCUUUAUUCUUUUGGAGAAAAGUGGUUUAUUUGCAGCUUUAGUGAACAGUUCUGUCAUGUAACUUACAGACCGGUCAUAGUGGAGAUCCCCCACUUUGCUGCCCUGGGGCGCGGUGACCGCGAGCUCGUGGUGCUGAGGAGUGAGAACGGCUCCGUCUGGAAAGAACAUCGCAAUCGCUAUGGCGACGAGGUGCUAGAAACGAUCCUCAAUGGGAUGGAUGAAGAGUUGGAAAGUCAAGAGGAGCUCGUGAAGAAGAGAAUCCGCCGCAUAAUCUCUACUGACUUCCCCCUUUACUUUGCCGUUGUGUCGCGAAUCCAACAAGAGAGCAACCUAAUUGGUCCAGAGGGGGGUUCGCUGACAAGCAAACUGGUGCCGAUGGUCCAGGCCACGUUCCCCGAGACGGCCGUCACCAAGCAAGUGCGCCUGGGGUUGCAGGCUCAGCCAGUUCCGGAUGAACUGGUCGCCAAGCUGCUCGGUAACCAGGCAAACUUUAGCCCCGUGGUCACCGUGGAGCCUCGGCGGCGCAAGUUCCACCGACCCAUCGGCCUGCGCAUCCCUCUGCCCCCGUCGUGGAGGGACAGCCCCCGAGACUCCGGGGAGGGUGACACCACCAGUCUGCGCCUGCUUUGCUCUGUCAUAGGGGGCACAGCUCCUGCCCAGUGGGAGGACAUCACUGGCACCACCAAACUUAUCUACUCCAAUGACUGUGCCAGUUUCACCACCAAUGUUUCUGCACGAUUCUGGCUCGCAGACUGCCCUCGGACCGCCGAGGCCGUCGCCUUUGCCAACCUGCUCUACAGGGAGUUGUCGGCGGUUCCCUACAUGGCCAAGUUCGUGGUGUUCGCCAAGAUGAAUGAGCUGCGCGAGGGUCGUCUGCGCUGCUACUGCAUGACCGACGAUAAGAUGGAUAAGACCCUGGAGCAGCACGAGAACUUCACGGAAGUGGCCCGGAGCAGAGACAUAGAGGUGAUGGAGGGAAUGCCGCUUCACCUGGAAUGUUCAGGGAACCUUGUGCCGGUGAGGAAGGCCACGCAGCAGCCUCGCUGCUUCAGCUUCCAGGCGUUCAGAGACAACCGCCUCCCUGUGUCCGUUAAAGUGAGAGACAGCAGUAAAGAGCCCACUGGAUUUCUAUCUUUCCUGCGCAAGUCCACCAAGUAUGAGGACAGCCAGCAUGUGCUGUGUAACCUCAACAUUAGCAUGCCUCCGUGUAUCAAGCAGGUUGUUGGGAGUGAGGAUCGGAGAAGAACCCUGACUCCACUGGCUCUGAGAGAGCGAUACAGCGCCCUGAACGAGCCUGCUAUGGCAUCGAUGAGCGCGAUGGAGCGGACAGAGCUGAAGAUGGCCGUCAUUGCAGAGCAGCUGGGGCUGAGCUGGGCUGAAUUAGCGCGCGAGCUGCAGCUUAGUGUGGAUGACAUCAAUAAGAUCCGUGUGGAGAAUCCAAACUCCCUCCUGGAACAGAGCUCUGCUUUGCUCAACCUGUGGGCCACACGUGAGGGUAAGAGGGCCAAAAUGGAGAGCCUGUACACGGCUCUGAAGAGUAUUGACCGCAUGGACAUAGUGAACAUGUUGGAGGGCCAGCAGCCUCAGCCCGCGAGGCAAGGCUCCCGCGAUCUCAGCAGACGCCAACACAAUGAGAGGGAACACCUCUCGCCUGGCAUGACCAACGGUUAUGGGCUCGCGCAGGACGAUCUCCUCUCACCGGCCUCCAUGCAGUACAGCUUGCCCUCUCCGCUGGGUGCUGAGCCCUACUGGCAGGAAGUCUCCAGUCUAGACUGUGCCCCCAUUGCCACCACAGAAGAAGACACCCUCAUGGAGAUGUCUGAGGUGCAAGUGUGGCCCUCAGGCAACAGCCCCUCCCUGGUGCCUGUGGAGGACUCCUCGCUGGAGUGCAGCAAUGCAGAUGAUUCAGAAGGCCUGCUGGGGCUGCCAUAUGGAAGCCUGGGACGGCCGGCCAGUCAGGCCAGUGCAGCCAGCGGAGGGGGUGGGGUGCUGAGUGGCUCCAUUGAGCUACCCGAAGACGAUUCAGAGAUGGGCGUUGACUCCCUCAGCACCGCCACGCCAGCGUCGCUUGGGGGCACCAUCGCUGGGAUCAAUCUUAACGGGCUGAACAAUGGUCAGGGGUCAGAGGCAAGUUCGGAGGCAUCAGCACUCACCAGUACAACCGGUGGUGAUGGAGCUGGAGGAGGAGGAGGAGGAGGAAGAGAGAAAGGGACAGGCUCAGAGGAAGGGCUUUCUCUUGUUGCAGGACAGCAAAGGGUGUACGCUCGGCUGAGUGAGUCACCUGGGCUGAGCUGCCUUGCAGAUCGGAAUGCAGACAGGUCAGGUAAUAGUGGAAGCGGAGGCGGUGGAGGCUCUUUCCUUUCCUACCUGCAGGAUCAAACAGGCCCGGGGUGGAUCCCUGUCACUGAUCCUACUCAGGCCUGGGUGGGCAGUCAGCCUAUACCCAGGCAGGCCAUGGACGCCAUGAUGUCAUCUGUACGCAACGCGGUGGACGGAGACCAGUCCCCCGUGUCCCAGGAUUCUUUGCUGCAACCUGUGAGGGACAUGGGACACUCGGAGAUCUUACGGGGGCACUUCAGAGGUACCCAGCCAUUUGAGAAGGGUUUGGGCUUCCCACACAGGGUUCCUGACCUGAGGGCCUGGGAGGACAUGCGCCUGAAGGGCCAGGGCGACGAGGUUGAGGAUCUAACUGGGGAGCAAGUAAGCGAAGAGCAGUUCACGGACGAGCAUGGAAACAUUGUCACAAAAAAGAUUGUGCGUAAGGUCUUGCGCCGAGGGAAGGGUUCAGGUGAGGAAGGGGCUCACGACGUGGGCGCCGAGGACGGCGGCACCGACCUGGAGCUGGAUGCCGAGCAGUUCAUGAGCUACGCCAUCCUGGGCCGGGACAGCGGCAAGCCCGAUACUGUGGAUGUGAAGAAAGGUGCUCAGAUAGUGAAAUGUGCCAGUCUGCGAAGAGUUAAGCAGUGAGGCAGACUGGGUGCUGCGGCCCCGCAGACUUCUCCGCAGACUUCAACCCCUUCACCAAAACCAUCCUACAUGGACACAUGACCAGCAGCAGCUGACAUGAGGACGAACACCACAGAGAGGGAGACACACGGCAACGAAAGGCAAUAGACACUAACUCAAGACAACCACGGCGGCCAUGCCGCCUGUCAGCACGCACCCGGGGAGAACGAGAAGGAUUUACGUGGAGUUUUUAUUAACUUUUUUUAAAAGAAACCAUGGGGAAAAACAUCUACUGCUAGGCUAAAAGCAUGAUUUCAUAUAAAACAAAAACCAAACACAAACAAAAAAAACGAGCAACCAAAACGUGCUUCCUGUUAUCUGUAUGAGCAUGAGUGACUGCUGCCGCAUGGCCUGUCUUUAACUACAAAUACUGACGGAACACAGGGAAGGGGAACGCGGGUGGGGACGGACGGGGACCAGACCCUGCUGUAUGGGACAGGCAUGCAAUGUAUGGAAUGGUCAGUCACUGGCCAGUUUUCUAAACAACAGGAAAUAUGGAUCACUCAAAUUCGACGACAUAGGGGGGUACUAAAAUAAUGAGAAUUACAUAAUGACACCCUAUUUGCCACACGCUUCCAGCUGUGAACAUCACAGGCUAGUUCUAAACCUGCCCCAGUGCUCUCAAAGUCCGGUAAAGCUACAGUUAUCGCCCAAGGAUAUCGGUGUUGUACAUAAUAUCGAAUGCACUACAAUGCUCUACGUGACCGUGUUGCGUGUCUUGUUCAUGUUCUAGGAUCCCUGUGCAAUGCCACUGAUGCUGCUGUUUCAGGUACAUAAGGAGCCCCUCCCUGGUUUUCUCUCGUUUGGUUCGUACGCUCUGAACCCAUAUAAUAAUCUAUAUAUCUUGGGAGCUUUGUGGGUACAAGAACAUGCAAGUGUUGUGUCGCGCUGCCUGUCCUGAGUGUGCGUCAGGUUUCGUUGGUUCUUUGUGCUUUUUCCUUAUGCUUUUGACAUGUGGAGCUGCAGGGGGGACACGCGGCGCCGAGCGCUCGCUGCGUCGUGCUCUGGGAUGCAGGCUCCUGCCUCCAGAGCGGUUUGCCUGAGAUGAUUGGUGACAGAUUAUCAUCAAAGAUGACCCACUUGUCCGCCGUGUGCUGUGUCCUAGUGAUGUCUGCGUUACUCACAUGUUGGAGCCAGUAGUCAGCUUUGCUCUCUGUCGUGCCCUACCUCCUCUCGCCCCUCGCUCCCCUCCGGGCAGCCUUUUAGAGUAGAUGUAGCAGUCCUGUGUCCCGCCAGCAGGGGGACAGGGGCCCGUCCUCAGCUUGUAGCAGUGUCUGUUUCACCUCCUCAUCCAGUACCACCACUCGCGAGGUGCACAGACCAUCCCACCGCCACCAGAAGAUGUCACUUUGGGGGUAAAGUAGCCGAAAUCCUGAUCAUAAUGUAGCACUGGUCUGACUGGGUGAAAGACGGGUCUAGGAGUUGGAAGGUGAUGUCGAAGGUCCAGGGCGUGUUGAGCUGCGAUGUUUGUCUCCUUGGUAAUUCUCUGGAGUGUAGCGAAGACAGUCAGUCGCCAAUCACUGUGAUGAGAACCUGUAAUACUGACCCGCAACUGUGAGCCGGACCUUCCUGAAGAGUGUCUCCUGCUUCACUCCGUUCUUUACUGUCAUGACUUUUGUUCACGGUUUCUUGUCUUAACUGUCCUAAAGCAAUAACUGCUUAUCAGAGGAAAGGAUGUUUAUGUGGGUGUGCUUGUGUGACAAAGAGAAAGCGAGUAUUUAAGUGUUACAGCUAACGUUCUUCCUAAGCUUGGGCGCUUUAGGCUACUUCUCACAGAAAUGAUGUCAGUACAUAUCCCUCAUACUUUCACUUUGCCUCUUUAAAGACAUAAAGUGUUGAGUCAUUAAGGUGCCUGGUAUCUUAUUAUCUCUUUGUUCCUGCCACACGUGAGGGAAUGUAGGUGUGUUCAAUUAGAGCUUUCAAACCCCAUAUAAUAAUCAUAUGCACGGGAAAAGGAAUCUGAGUGUGUGUUUGCGUGUGAAGUGUGUGUGAUUGCAGUAUCACAUGUUCAGUCCUGGACGGGACGAGUCAAGUUUGUGAUAAUAUCGCAGACGUAUCAUAAAUAGGUGACACUCUCAGAUCAUACGUCAUUUGAAUUAGUUGAUUUACCUCCAUUGAGCAUGUCAUCUGACUGAACGUCACUUCUCUGCAUCUGUUUGUUUAACGUUAGACACCAAAUAUUUUACUGUCUGAAAUAUGUUGCAAUAAGCAGCCAUUAACAACUGUUCAGUAUGACUUUACGACCACAUAUGAUCAGUAUAAAGUCUUGUUAUGCUGUAGAAAUCUGUGUUGGUUCUGUACUUUGGUAGAUAACACACUAUUCACUCAGUAGCUGCUGUUUAUCCUAAUAACAUUUGACUUGACUACAUUCUCAUUUCAUUAAGAACAUGAACACAAAUGAUGCAAGAUGAGGGAUUUGAAGACAGGAGCAUCAAUUUUGUUUUUCGCAAUUUAACCCUUAACUCUUCAUCAAAUAUGAUUCUAUUCUAUUUUUUUUUUAAUCACAGAGGGUUUGAUGUCAGUAGAACUGACAGCAGUAAUGACGUAUCAGUCAUAGCAUACUGUUCAUGCUCCAAGGGCUCAUAAUUAAGGUAUGCUCUGGUUGAUUUGCAAUGCAGGGGCCACAAUACAAAUUCACUGCUGCUCAAGGUUAGAGCAACAGGGGGCCUGAUAAGAAAGACAAUGAGAGGAAGCACUUUGAAGUUAGAGGAACUACGGGGAAGCAAGAUGACAAGCAUUUUUCCUCAACGCCGCCCAUCCCUGACCUAGACUACCCCUGCCCCCUUAUCAAAUAAAAGAUUGAGCCGGUUCUAAGGCUUCCACACGGUGACAGUUUGAACAUGGUUUAGCGAUGGAAAGCCCUGCACUGUGGGACUACUGACGACGUCAUGCACCAAGUUCAUGCAAAAAUAUUAACUGUUGCAAAAACUAGAAAACCCAUGUAUAUUCCUUUAGAAUGGAUUGAAUACGUUAUUAACGCAAUAGCAUAUUACUCAAUACUAAGGAAUGCAACUGCGCACAUGCACAGAAAAUGUUUUUAACAUAAAAGGCUAUAUAUAUAUAUAUAAUAUAUAAAUAUAUAUAUAUAUAUUUACUUAGAAUGCUAUGCACCCUUACUUGUCAACUGGGAUUCUAGUUAUGUUAUGGAUGUACCUUUAGCAUCAUACAGCUGUAGCUACCAAGAGACUGUUGAGUUAUGGGUAAUGCCUGCAAGCUGGGGAUAAAUGGGGGUCUUGUGGGUGUUUUAACCUGUUUUGUUUUCCUUUUUUUAAUGUUAUGGAGAGUUGAACAUGAAUUUAAAAUAUACAUGUAAAAGCCUUUUAAUCCAAUCAAAUCCGAGGACAUCUAUUGACAAUUUACUCUGUACACCAGCUCAACAUUUACAAAAUUAAUAAAGAAAUGAAAUGUC